AUGGACCCUCCUAAACUAUUUCCGAUACUUCGUCUCCCAUUUGUUCCCCUUCAAGAAAUAUUCAAAGCGAUGGAUCCAUUCGAAAUAAUAAACUUUUCAAUGAUUUCCAAACGGACAAAAGCAGUAACAAAGCAGAUGACUUUCUAUUCAAAAUAUUCAAUUCAAAUUGAAGUUGAUGAAGAACUAGAGCUCCGGAUUCUUGGGCCUAAAUAUAUGACACAAUGCUUAUACAUAUUCACAAUAGAUGAAGAAAUGAAUGGACAAGUUUCGGAAAACAAACGAAUUGAUGGAAAAAUUGAGAAACGGGUAUCUCAUUAUUUUGAAGAUCCGGUGAAUGAAUGGAAACAAUUGUGUAAACAUGUAUUGGAGAUAUUCAAGAAAGAGACAAUCGAUGUUUUAUCAAUGACCAUGGAUGCAUUCGCAGAUCAAAACAUUUCGAUUAUUGAUUUUUUGAAGACUAUUGUGAAAUCAGUGAACGACUGCGAUCUGUUUCAUUCCGAAGAAGAGAAUGACGUAGAUGAACACGCCACAUAUCUUCUAGAUAAUUUAAAAGUUAACGAUGAGUUAAAUUCUUAUGUAGACAUUAAAAGUGACAAUUUCGAUGGGAAAAUUCCAAAAAAUCUGAAGGAAUUAUUAAUUAAAAAUUCGCAAUGGAUUGAAUAUGAGAGACUACUGGAGAUAGAUUGUAAAAGUGUGAUCCUUGAGUAUAAUCUAAUCUCGGACAAAGAAUGGAAUUUGUUCUUCAAAAAAUGGAUAGCAAUGGAAACAAAUCAGAAUCUAGAACACUUGGAACUCGAUUAUAUAGAAAUCGGAGAAUUUAGAGAUCAUGUACUGCAUGAUAUACCGCAUGAAAUGGUGGAUGAAGGGGUCAAACGAGUCAUGAAAACCAGACGCAAUAGAACUCAAGAAAUAACCGAAAGCAGAGGUAAUGCGACUCAAGAAAUAAGUGGAGGCAUCGACAUCAAACGAAUCGAUGGAAAGACUGCCACAUUUUUCGUUUACCGUGAAUAUUCGACGAAUCGUUUCGCUAUGAGUAUUCAUUGA